UCAUGUGACGUCAUUACGCAAACCCGGAAGCGGCACCUUGCAGUCUGGUCAGUGUUGUGUCGUGUUUUCGGCUGUGUGAGUGUCCGGAUCCGCGGAUGUGUGUUUCCGGGCAGCGCGUGCCCUCGGCUCUGGUUGUUCGGUGUUCAGUGACGCGAUGAUCCCGGUGUCGGUGGUGGUGUGUGUGAUGGGAGGAUGGUGCUCCGUUUAUCUCAUGGACACUCUGCUCAGGUCAUCCAGCUCAAAGAUCCGUUAUGAAUCGUGGCUCUCGUCCAGCGGUGUGUCUCUCUCGCCGUUCCACAUCCGCUGGCACACCAGCCUCUUCAAUUCACUCUUCGCCAGAUGUGCACGUCUCAACCCCCUUUUCCUUUAUAUAUGGUUCAGUGCCGGGAUGGUGUUCGGUGUCGUGGCCAUGUUCGGCUCGGUGCUGCUGCUCGCUCGGACUCUGCUCCAGACUCUGGCUCAGAUGAUGGCCGAGACUCCGGAUGGAUCCCACGAGCAAGUACUCCAGGUGGUGGUUCCGGGGGUAAAUUUGCCGGUCAGUCAGUUGGCCUACUUCUUCAUUGCUAUUCUGGUCAGUGGAGUUAUACACGAGUUUGGCCACGGGGUGGCAGCACUGAGGGAACAGGUGAGGCUGAACGGCUUUGGCAUGUUCCUGUUCGUGAUUUACCCCGGAGCGUUCGUGGAUCUCUUCACCACUCACCUGAACCUCAUCUCACCUAUUCAGCAGCUACGUAUCUUCUGCGCAGGUGUGUGGCAUAACUUCAUGCUGUGUGUGGCAGCAGUGUGUUUCCUCUUCCUGUUGCCGCUCCUCCUCUUCCCAUUCUACUACACCGGAGCUGGAGCGCUCGUCACCGAGGUGGUGGAGGGUUCUCCCUCCAGUGGCCCUCGUGGUCUGUUUGUUGGAGGUCUGGUGACAGGGUUGGACGAGUGUGAGGUCAGUAGCGUGGACUCCUGGCACUCCUGCAUCCAGCAGCUUUCCCUCCGUCCCCCGACAGGAUACUGCGUCCGCCACCACACCCUGCAGCUCCACCACGCCCUCGGCAGAGAGUUCAAGCGUCUGGAUGGAACGAUGGAGUGCUGUGGCAACAACAGCCUCACUGACCUCUGCUUCUACUACACCACACAGAGCAACAACAAACUGUUUGCAUGUUUACCCGCUCGGAAGACGAUCCAGACGAGUCGUACAUGUCGCAGUAACUCAGACUGUGAGACAGACGUGACCCCCAGCGUGUGUGUGAUCCCGUCUCUGGAGAACCAGACGCAUCUUAUUCGGGUGAAACACCCCCCAAGGGACGACAUGCUGUUCGUGGGCUACAUGUCACACCUGCAGUACUCAGUGAGUCUCACUAACUUCGUCCCUCGACUCGGGUUUCUUCACCUUGACCUGCCGGUGAUGCUGGAGACUCUGUGCAAGUACCUGGUGUCGUUAUCUGGCGCUCUGGCGGUGGUGAACGCGGUGCCGUGCUUCGCUCUGGACGGUCAGUGGAUGCUGAACGCCUUCUUGGAGGCCACGCUGAGUUCCCUGCUCCCGGAGAAGAGCAGCCGUGAGCUGGUGGGGUUCUUCAUCCUGCUGGGGGGCAGCGCUCUGCUCGCCGCCAACGUCGCUCUCGGGCUAUGGAUGGUCACGGCUCGAUAACGAAUACUAGGCCUCCUCCAAUCAGUGAUUAGGGGGAGGGGCUAAAAAAUUUCACGUGACCUGUCAAAAAUCCAGCCUCGUUUCUCCAAAGGUUCUUUCACGGUCUUACAUUUCAUCCUGAAUUUCUCCCUCAUAAAACGACAUCCUCCUCAGUGAAGCUUCAUGAAGGUUUGUUCCCUGUGCUGUGGAGUGACCAGGGUGUGGUUAUGGACCAAGAGUUUCCUCUCAACCCUGAAGAGAUAUGGAAACUUCUCCACAUCUCACCUGAAACAGAAGAGCAGCGACUUUCCCCCCAAACGCCUGGUGGUUACAGUGAUUGUGUAAUAAAUGUAUAUACAAAGUGGGUGGAGCUAAUAAUGUCAUUUUUUUUUUUAACUGAGCUGGUUCCUGUAAAUAUAUUGGAACAUAAACAUGAAGCUGAUGUUUUUUUUUUUUUUUGUUCAAUAAACUCCAAACUUGUUCAAUAUGAAAAA